ACCAGUCAUAAAAGAGCUUUAAAUCAAUCAACCUUUGCCACGCCCUCUUCCUCCGUCUAGGACUCCGCACUCGCGGCUUAGUCUUAGCCCGGGAGAGACGUGGUGAGGAUUGGCUCUGGUUUCUAGCAGAACGACAAAACUCUGGAUUUUCCCAGGUUGUACCCUUCUCUUCCCUUCCCUUCUCUGCCUCAGCGCUGCUUUCUCAAACCGCCGAGGGUCGGAGCGGUUUUGCAGGCCUCGGCUGAAGCCUCUCGAGCUAUUUAUAGCUCCCAGGCAGAGGCAGAAGCGCAGCGGUCGCCAUUUUGAGCGCCGCUUUGCUUGCUCCUGAGGGGAGUGGGGGAACCUUCCCUUCCUUCCAGCGAGGGCCGUUUAGACUCAACUGGAGUCAAUUUUGGCCAGAACUGAGUCUGCAGUCUUCUUAGUCAGCAGAUAGAAGCAGCUGCCGCAUUCAUUAACUCGGACAUAACGACGGAGCAGGAGGCCGCUUGCUGGCGGCCGCCAUUUUGAGAGCCCGACAAACGCCCUCAGGCCAUUCCAGAAGGCCAGAGUUCAGGAGCGGUUUUUGGAAGGUGCUGCUUCUCCCAUCGUUGGCAGCUCGCCGCACACCAAGACUGUUACAAUUACAGGCAACAACAGCCUCCUUCAGGACGCAAUUUCCAAAGACUUCAGUUGGUGGCUGAGUGCGUGCUUUAACUGCCGCCAUUUUCAGCGCUUCCUACCAUCGAUUUCGCUGCUUAUAAGUGUGCUGGCUACCCUCAUUAAGUUGGUCUUGUGGCCACUACCAAGCUUGUGAGUUUGCUGGCUACCCCACUAAGGUGGUCUUGCUGCCACUACCAGGCUUGUAAUUGUGCUGACUACCCCACUAAGGUGGUCUUGCUGCCACCACUUCUAGCCAUCACUUGGCUCCUGGCUACUGGGACCAUCUCUUUUGCAAACACGUUGAGAUUGCCGUUUCUGUGAUAUCUCUGAUUUUGGUAAUGGCAGGUAAAACCACAGCAACUCAGGGCUCUCAAGGUGCCUCCAGCUUUCCCUCCAGGCUGAGGAACGCCAGAUCAGCCAAGCAGGAGGCUGCUGGGAAACUCAGAGCCAGAGCUAUCGCUGGCAGAAGGUCUCCCAAAGCUGCUGGGAAAGAAGCAAGCGGGAGGCAACAGGCAUUGGGAAAACAAUUCUCCAAUGCUGCAGGGCAACAGAACGGGGUAAAGGUUGAUGAGAUGACUUCUGUUCCCACGGAAGCCUCGGUUUUUGACCCUCAACAGGCUCCUUCGACCUCUGCUGCUCCAAGUGCCGGUUCUCCAGAAGGGGAAACAGGUCAGUCCAUUUCUCCCAUGGCAGAAAAGGUGGAGAUGGUUCCCUCUUCCAGUGAGGGGCUUGGCCUUCAGAUCCCUGCUCCUCCAGGUAAAGCUGGACCUCUGGGCCCAGAGGCCACAUUCACUCCUACAGCGGCAGGGCUUCGCCCUCCAGAGGCUCAAGAGAUAGCACUAUCAGAACAAAUGCAGCUUCUGAUUUCUCAGGCUGUUGCCCAAGUUGUAGCUUCGACCCUACACCAGAGAGCUCGACCUGAGUCGACAGCAUCAGAGGUCCCAUCUCACAGCAAUGCAUCCUACCUCUCCCAGGCGGAAGCAGACACAUACCAGGGGCCAGUUUCCCAAUUUAAUUCCUCCAUGAGUAGAACGUCGUUCACAGGGGACGAAGAACAGAGAGAGCUGGGGCUGUCAGAAGAUGAGGACUUACCUCCUGAUCCCCCUGCUUUCACAGGCUUGUUUAAUCCGGACCUCUUUAAAUCCUUGCUUCAGAAGGCCACGAGCACUGCUCAACUUGGUCCUGAAGGUGUCCCCGAGGCUGAACCUUCCACCAGUCAGGGACCUACUGGCUGUUCAGAGGCAACGUUUACCCAACAGGACAUUCCCUGUCCUUCCUUUUUCCUCAGUGAAGUCCAAAAACAAUGGGGAACGCCAGGUAAUUUUUCAGUUCCGGGGAAGACGAUUAAAAAUUUAUUUAAUGUGGCUCCAGCACUGUCAGAUGUGCUAGCAGUCCCCAUGGUAGAUGAGCCCUUAGCAACAACAUUUGUUCCCAACUUCACUAGUUCUGGAGAUAUAGCAGAUUUUCUGACGUUAGAGGAUAAGAGAGCGGAGUAUAACUUCCGCAAAACCCACCAAGCCUCAGCAUGGGCGGUAAAGGCAGCUAUAUCAAUUUCCUUUUUCGCCAGAAUUUCAGUCCUCUGGCUUCGCCAAUUACAGGCUAAGGUACCACCAGAAGAGGUAUGGAUGCACCAAGAUUUAAACAAAUUAGUGGCAGCAUCAGAAUACAUGGCUGACUCAUCCUUGCAGGCGGCCAGAUUUUCCUCCCGUGCAUUAGCAUCUAAUGUUAGCUCUCGCAGACUUCUGUGGCUCAGACAGUGGAAAGCGGAUGUUAAGUCCAAGUGGCGGUUGGCCUCAUCCCCUUACAGGGGAGGCCAGUUAUUUGGAGAGGCACUAACCCCUUAUCUGACUGAGAAGGAUAAGCGUAAGGUCAUGUCCAGUCUUACUAGGAGAGCAGACACGAGAGCUACCCCUUAUGCCCACAAGCAGUUCUUUCGCCCAACCAACACGGGGUCGGAAUUCAACCAUUACUCCCGUCCUCAUCCUCCCAGCUCAACCAACACAGGGUCGGAAUUCACCCAUUACUCCCCUCCUCAUCCUCCCAGACCAGAACCUCAAUUUGACAGAUCUGGUAACAGAGGCAGACCCAGACAGCAAUUUCAGGCCAAGCAGCCCUUUCGAGGUGCCAGAGGCCAUCCUUUCAGAAGGUCCUAGUGACACCAUAGAUGCCUCUCCCAUAGGGAGCAGAUUGGCUCUCUUUGCACACAAAUGGGAGAACACCAAUACAGAUCUCUGGGUCCUCCACACCAUCAGAUUCGGCCUGACUCUAGAAUUCAACUCCAUCCCCCCGAGGCAUUUCGUCUCUUGCCCAUCAUCCAAAAAUCCGGUCAAAAGAAGCCUCAUGAAAGUGGCCAUACAACAUCUGGAGAUCUAGGCCAUAGAACCAGUACUGGCAGGGCAAAAGGAAUUAUUCCAUUCUGUCCAUCAUUCGGAAGGCCUCGGGAGGGUGGAGGGCAAUCCUGGAUUUAAAGAAAUUAAAUAUCCAUUUGGCACACAAGAAGUUCAAGAUGCAAACGCUCCAAUCCAUAUUAGCAGGCAUCAGAAGGGGGGACUUCCUGAUGUCCAUCAACCUGACGAAAGCCAACCUACACAUUCCCAUCUUUCUUGGACACCGGAAAUUCCUCAGGUUCUGCUAUGCAGGCCACCAUUUUGAGUACAGAGCUCUACCAUUCAGCCUGUCACCGGCCUCCAGAAAAUCCAGAUCAUUCGCUCCACCCACCACUUUCAUCUGGGCACGGUGAUAGAUUCAAGGAAGUGCAAGGUUUACCUGUCAAAGUUACGUCGCGACAGUAUCCAAUUUCUCCUCUCUGCAGUACCCCAAGAUAGUAUCUCCCUCAGCCAGGGGGUUCUACAACACCGCCGGGCAUUUGAAAGACUCCUAACAAAAGAGACUUACUCAUCAGACAUGAUGACCAUGAUCCAGGCUUCAAGAAUGCCUGCAACUAAUAGGAUCUAUGAUUCCACAUGAAAGAAUUUCUGUAACUGGUAUGGGAGACAACAAUUAGAUCCAGCUACAAUUCCUAUUCCAAGAAUUUUGGAUUAUUUACCGGAGGGCCUUAAGAGGGGUUUAGCACUCACACAAUCUGCAGACUAGUUGCUGCCCUGUCCACGGUGCUCACAUAUGGCAGCUCAGAGCCCUUGGCUCAACACCCUGUGAUACGUUCCUCUUUCAGGGGAGCAAUCAACAGCAAACCGCCCGUGGUUCACAGAUACCCGUCUUGGGACCUGUCCAAGGGCUUACAGGCUCUCACUUCACCUCCAUUUGAGCUCGUCAGAACCUCCACUCUACGAUUCUGGACAUUCAAGGCCGCCUUCCUAGUAGCUGUUACAUCGGCUAGGAGCAUCUCGAAAUUCGCAGCGCUCCCCACUAGAGAUGACUUACGUAUUUUUCUACGCGUAGACCCCUCCUUCGUCCCAAAUAACAACUCAUUGCCUCACAGGGCGCAAGAGCUUGUGCUGCCAGAUUUUUGUCCUGAGCCGUCCCAUGAAUUGGAACGUAAAUGGCACAUGUUGGAGGUUCACAGAGCGUCAUGUUGCUAUAUUAAGCAAACUGCCCCUUUUCGUAACUCUGAAGCCCUCUUUGUUUCAUUCCACCCCUCUUUAAGGGGUCAGAAGGCGACCGCCUCUACUAUCGGCAGAUGGAUUAGGGCUUGCAUGGCAGGGGCGUCCCAGACGCACUGCUUGCCAGUUCCAAGACGGCACAUUGCACACUCCACUCGUAGUGUGGCAACUUCAGCAGUGUGGGGAACACAGGCGUCAGUCGAAGAGAUCUGCAAGGCAGUGACUUGGUCGUCCCCUUCCCCAUUUGCAAGGCAUUAUAAGUUAGAUACGUUCCCUCAGCAGAGGCUUUAUUUGGCAGGAGACUCCUCCAAAGGGUAGUAAGAGGUAGUGGGACACAGGCUCAGACUUCUUCCCGCCCGUGGGAACAGUGAGGCUUUGAUAUGUCCCAUCUGGAUCCUCCAUUCGUCGUGCUGGAGAAGGGGCCUUGUCUUACUUGAACGCCUUUUCUCAGCAUGACGAUGGAGAAUCCACUCCCCCCCCCCCCAAGGGUCCAUCCAGUCCUGUGUCAGAGGAAUUUGAGCCACCACCAGCUUGGAAAAUCAUCAACUGCUGCACCUUCGUGGUGACUGGGGAUUCCUAGCUGGAGGAAGAGAGGCCUAGCAAAGGUUGAUUGACGUAGUCUCUAAGGCAGAAAGGCAAGAUCAACCCAUCCGUGGAUUCUCCAUCGUCAUGCUGAGAAAAGGCGUUCAGGUGGAUGCCCGGAACAUCAAUGGGAGCACCCCGCUCUGCCAUGCCUGCGCCUCAGGGAUCAUUGACUGUGCAAAAUUCCUACUGUCCCACGGAGCCAAGGUCCCUUGUACAUAACGUCACCUCUCCACGAAGCCUGCUUAAACGGAACUCCCCUGCGACUCUCAGCUUUGUCGUCUCAGACUCCGUCAAGCUCUCGGCCGAACAGCGCUGGAAAAGAUCCCCCACCUCCACAUCCCUAUGAAAUUAGUUGAAUUCCUCUCCUACAGCCAGUGAGCUGCCCGCGGCCCCCGUCUAAAGACCCCCCCAAUCACCCUGCAAAGUUCGGCUUGCGCUCUUCUGAAGCCACCCUCAUUUUCAACAAUGCGCGACUUUUUCCUCGAACGACUGUAAAUAGAAAUUUUAAAACCGUGGCUGGAAGCGGAUUACCUGGUGGUCUCCUUGUCGGCUUGGCGGUUCCUUUGAGUGUGUUGGUGAAAGGCUUUAGCACCCACUGGUAUGUGGGUGCUCUACAUUGAAGAGAUGGAGCGAUAACUUACUGAAGCCUGAUGGGCUCACCCUGUUUUGCGUCUUGUCUACACGUACUCCUCGGCUUACGACCGCCACUGCGCACAAAACCUCUCGCUAAGCGAGACCGUUAAGUAGAUCUCGCCCCAUUUUAUGCCCACCCUUGCCACCGAAUUUAAAUGAAUUGCUGCGGUGGUUAAGUUAGUGGCACCUUUGUUAAGGGGAUCCUACGACCGUUGUAAAGAGGAAUCGGUUGACAAGCAUAUGAAUUUUGAUCCUGUGACUAUGGAGAGGCUACAACGGUCGCAAGUGUGAAAAACGGCAUUUUUCAGUGGCGUUUGUAACUUUGAAUAGUUGUUAGUCAAGGACUCCCUGUAUUAACACACAGGAGUUGUAAUCCACCCAUUUUAAAAUAUUCCCAAAAUGGUUUUAUUUGUAGAAUGUAUGCAUUGGUGAAAUUUAAUUAUUUUCAAAAUGUAUGUUUGGGGAAUAUUUGUAAAAUGGUCUAAGUCAUAGAUUUUACAAAUGAAUCUUUCAAUUUUGCCAAUAAAUAAAUUUCACAAAGAUCUACAAGUAUCUUCCCAAUGAAUAAAUCAAUGUU